GUUUAGCUGUUGUGAAAAUUUCAAUUUGACUCAUGGAUUCAUGAAGAUCAGUUGAACGCAUCCGCUUGUAUCAUCGAUAUCAAAUCGACUUCAAAUAUCGAUAAAUAUCGAUUGUUUCGAUUAAUCGAUCAUCACAGUUCUCUUUAAGUUGAAUUUGUUAGUAAGUUAAAGUGUUUAACUACGAGUAACUCCUAGUAACUUACUCGUAACGAGAAUUCCUGAUUCGUUGAAACCAAGUAGCCCAUCUUUUUAUUGUGUAUACACCAUGUCUUCUCAGCAAGGUUAUUUAACUGAUGAAAAAUGUUUCAUCGUUUCCCUUCCUUUGAACGCAAUCCAAUGGUCGCCUGAUUACAAAGGGAUAUCUAAUUUUCAAAUCCGUGUGAUACCGAUUGAAUCCAGAUCAAAUGAUGGAGAUAAUUCAAUUCACUUUCAAGUUUCUGUUUUGAAUGAAAAAAAGUCCAUCUUCGUCUCUCAACCGGAAAAUGGUGUUGAAUAUUCAAAUGAUUAUUUCAUGUUCAAGACGAUUUCCAAAAAUGAACUUAAAGGAGUCAAAAUUGAAUUCUUAUUUUCAGACUCAUCUCAAGUUCAUCAUCCUCCUGUUUCUUCGUUCACCUUUUUCGAAGCUAAAUCUCCUGGAAUUCUCCAUUCUCCAAUUAUUGAUGCUGAAUUGAAAGCUCUUGGACAAAUCAAAGUUCAUUAUUUAAUUGUCAAACCAUAUCCAUUCAAUCAACCUGAUGGAUUGUGUACAAAUAUGCACAAUUACCUUAAAAAAGGUUUACAUGUUGGUCAUCGUGGAGCUGGUGUUACCAGAAGAGUAGAUCUAUCCGACAACAUUCUUGAGAACACUAUUCUGUCUUUAAACCAUGCUGUCAAACAUGGUGCCGAUAUGGUUGAAUUUGAUGUUCAUCUUUCCAAAGAUGAUAUUCCCAUUCUAUAUCAUGAUUUCUCCGUUUAUGUCGAGUUGACAAAGAAAGGCUCGACUGACAAUGAAACCCUUGAACUACCAGUUAAAGAUUUAACUUAUCGUCAACUUAAAAUAUUGAAGCUUGGUCCAAAACGAAAGAGUGAAACGCCUUUUCAAUUUGCUGACGAUUCUGAAGACAAUCAACCCUUUUGUAAACUAGAACAUGCAUUGAAUACCGUAAGCCCGUGUGCCUUCAAUGUUGAGAUCAAAUAUCCUACAGGUUAUGAAUUUUACAAGGAUCUGAACCAUUUUGUUGAUACCAUCCUGAAGACUAUUUUUGACCACCACAAUAAUCGAGAUAUUAUCAUUUCAAGCUUUGAUCCUGAUGUUUGUGCCAUGGUUGCAUUGAAGCAAAAGAAAUUUCCUGUUCUCUUCUUGACUUACACAGAAGAUCGUAAUGUUAAAAUGACAUCUGAUAUUGAUGAUCGAAUGGACUCCAUUGAAAUGGCAUGUUAUUAUUCAUCAGCUAUGAGCUUCUCUGGUAUUAACUGCUAUGCUCAAAAUUUGAUUUCCGACAAAUCUUUAGUUCGAUAUGUUUUGAACAAAGAUUUAAUCUUGUUCUGCUAUGGAGAUCCAAUUAAUUGUACCUCGGUUGUUGAAGAUUUGAUCAAAGAAGGAGUUCAUGGUGUUAUUUACGAUAAGAUUGACAUUAUUUCACCAAAAAAGUUGCUUACCUCUGUAAUCAACGCAGCUUCCCAAGACGGAGAUACCAAAGAAGUGGUUGCCAGGAAAACAUCAGCAACAAUUGUUAGCAUUAGCCACAGUCCAUGAUUGUUUUAGAUAAAUCGGUAUUGAAGCGAAGAAUUUGAAAAUUCAAUCUCUUCAGCUCAUACUGUUUACAUACUCAAUUCGGAAUUGAACUGUUAUGCUAAUUUUCUUAAGCAAUAAGCUUCAAAAUAUUCAAUAAGUUAAAUAGAUUCAUCUUUUUGGUUUCCCUUUGUGUCCAAAAGACUUGUAAUUCAAGCUUUCCUUAGCGUAUUUUAUAAUAUAAAAUGCCAUAGUUAAUCUUCUCAGAGACAAGAAAUAUUUUUAUACUAAUAUUUCUUCUAACAAUUAAUCUUCCCCUUAUCAAAUAUACAACAAUCAGUUUGUAUGGGAUCAAUUCAUUUUUCUGUUGCUCUUCUUGCUUACUCAGGAAUGCUGUACAAUUGUAGAACUAAUAAUAAAACUUCAAUCACAAUCAAUA